AUGGCCAUCAUAGAAAAGCAUAUUGACUCGCCAAACGAUCUCAACAAUGAUAAACGAGCCCAUGCAACAGCCAUCAUUGAUCCAUGCAGCACCUCAUAUCAAGAAGAGUCUGAUGAUGACGAUUCAUUAUUUGAAGAAACCGGCUUGGAUGCAGCCUCAAUAUACCAAAACACUUAUUUUAUGGAUGGUGACAAUCAUUUCAUUUCUUUACCCAGCCUUGGUAACAGCAGCAGUAGCAAGGAUGCAACAUUUAUCUCACGAUUAUUCGAAGAAUGGCUCGAGCAGAAACUCCGUGGAAAGCAAGCUGACGAUCCCUUACUUCCUAUCCUUGAAGAUAAUGUUGACAGCAUAGCCAACGAGAUCCUGGAUCGUUUGAAGCACGAAUUUAUUCCCAAAAGUGUCUCCAAAGCGCUGCUUAAAAUACGUACAGGACAUGUCUACACAUAUCACCAGCUCGAGGACGGGCAGCCGUUGAUUACACAAGAUAUGGAAGAAUUUUUCCAGCAGUUUCCACUCUUCGUUGAGAUCACCAUCCACACAACCCAAAAUGCAGCUAUCCAUGAAACCAGCCAAAGCAACAAAUGCACGCUUUUGCUGUCUAUGGAGAACGUCACUGUAAAUCCUGGCAACCCAUACAGGCUUAUGGAUGAGAUUUCCCUUUCAAUACCUUCAUCGCAGUAA